AUGGAGCUCUGGAACUCCACGUUGGGAAAUGCCUUCAUCUUGGUGGGGAUUCUGGAUGGCAGUGACUUUCCUGAACUUCUCUGUGCCAUAAUCACAACCCUGUACUUUUUGGCCCUGACCAGCAAUGGACUGCUGCUCCUGGUCAUCACAUUGGAUGCCCGGCUCCACGUGCCCAUGUACCUCCUACUCAGGCAGCUCUCUCUCAUGGACCUCCUCCUCACAUCAGUUAUCACUCCCAAGGCUGUCAUGGAUUUUCUGCUCAGAGACAACACCAUCUCUUUCGGUGGCUGUGGUCUUCAAAUGUUUAUGGAACUGUCGGUGGGUAGUGCAGAGGACCUCCUUCUUGCCUUCAUGGCCUAUGACAGGUAUGUGGCCAUUUGUCAUCCACUGAACUAUAUGAUCUUCAUGAGUCAUAGGGUCUGCUGGUUCAUGGUGGCCAUUUCAUGGAUCCUGGCAUCACUAAGUGCUCUAGCGUAUACCAUCUACACAAUGCAAUAUCCCUUCUGCAAAUCCCGGGAAAUUAGACACCUGUUCUGUGAGAUCCCUCCUUUGCUGAAGCUGGCCUGUGCUGACACAUCCAAAUACGAGCACAUGGUAUAUUUAAUGGGCGUGAUUUUGCUAAUUCCCCCUCUUGUUGCCAUUCUGGCCUCCUAUUCACUAAUUCUAUUCACUGUGCUCCACAUGCCUUCAAAUGAGGGCAGGAAGAAAGCCCUUGUCACCUGCUCUUCCCACCUGACUGUGGUUGGGAUGUGGUAUGGGGCUGCGACAAUCGUGUAUGUCCUGCCCAGCUCCUACCACAGUCCCAAACAAGACAAUAUCAGCUCUGCUUUCUACACAAUUGUCACUCCAGCUCUCAACCCCCUUAUCUACAGUCUGCGGAACAAGGAGGUCACUGGGGCUUUGAGGAGAGUCCUGAGAAAACGAUUGUUGUCAACACAUCCCACCUUCUAG